AAUGGGAAUACUUAUUGCAGUUCUUGGAAUCUGGUUCAGCUCUUCACUUGUAAAAGGAGAUUCUAAGGCUGUGACAACGUCUCUAACUACAAAGUGGUUUUCAACUCCUUUAUUACUUGAAACAAGUGAAUUUUUAUCAGAAGAGGGUCAAGAAAAAUUCUGGAACUUUGUUGAAGCUAGUCAAAAUAUUAAGACCUCUGAACACGAUGGUAGCGAUUACUCUUCUUACCAGGAAAUGCUGAAAGUAGCCUGCCAGACUCUGUCACCUCUGCAGCAGAAUUUACUGAAAUUUUCCUUGUCAUUACGCUCUUAUUCUGCAACAGUUCAAGCCUUCCAACAGAUAGCAGCAGAUGAACCUCCACCGAAGGGCUGUGCCCUGUUUUUUGCUGUGCAUGGGGAGAAGACGUGUGAAUUUGACUCUCUUGGAAGCCUUUUACAGGCAGCUGCAGAAAGGCCAAAGCCAUUUUUGUUCAAAGGGGACCACAAGUACCCAGUGUCCAACCCCGAAAGCCCUGUCAUCAUCUUUUACGCUGAGAUUGGCUCAGCGGAGUUCUACAGCUACCACAGGAGGCUUGUUUUAAAGGCCAAGGCAGGAGAAAUCACUUACGUCCUCAGACACUAUAUUGCUAAUCCCAGUAAACAAAAAGUCUACCUCUCUGGCUAUGGUGUGGAACUGGCUAUUAAAAGUACAGAAUACAAGGCCAAGGACGAUACACAGGUGAAAGGCACCGACGUGAAUGCUACAGUAAUAGGUGAAAAUGAUCCCAUUGAUGAAGUGCAAGGAUUUCUGUUUGGAAGACUAAGGCAGCUGUAUCCUGACUUGACAGAAGAGCUGAAAGAUCUCAGGAAACACCUCGUGGAAAGUACCAAUGAAAUGGCGCCUCUGAAAGUAUGGCAGUUACAAGAUUUAAGUUUUCAAACAGCUGCUCGCAUUUUGACUGCUCCGCCAGUGGAUGCUUUGAUGGUCAUGAAAUAUAUCAGUCAGAACUUUCCUACAAAGGCCAGAGCCAUAACAAAAACAGUUGUUUCUUCGGAACUCCGAGCAGAAAUUGAAGAGAACCAAAAGUAUUUCAAAGGAACAUUAGGAUUACAACCAGGAGACUCUGCCCUGUUCAUCAAUGGACUACUUAUUGAUUUAGACACUCAGGACAUAUUUAGCUUGAUUGAUGUGCUACGCAAUGAAGCCCGCGUUAUGGAAGGCCUGCACAGCUUAGGAAUUGAGGGUCUUUCCUUGCACAAUGUUCUGAAGUUGAACAUCCAGCCAUCAGAUUCCGACUACGCUGUGGACAUCAGAAGCCCUGCUAUUUCAUGGAUCAACAAUCUUGAAGUUGACAGUCGGUAUAACUCCUGGCCUUCCAGUGUGCAAGAACUGCUGCGUCCCACGUUUCCAGGCGUGAUCAGGCAGAUCAGAAAAAACUUCCAUAAUUUUGUGCUGAUAGUGGAUCCUACUCACGAGACCACAGCAGAAUUACUGAACGUGGCAGAGAUGUUCUUCAGUAACCACAUCCCAUUGAGGAUAGGACUAGUCUUUGUGGUUAAUGACUCGGUGGAUGUUGAUGGACUUCAGGAUCCUGGUGUUGCCCUCCUUAGGACAUACAAUUAUGUGGCACAAGAAACAGACAAUAAUUACGCUUUCCAGACUGUCAUGUCUAUAUACAACAAAGUAAAAACAGGAGGUCGGCUGAAGGUGGAGCAUGUGGUUAGUGUUCUUGAGAAGCAGUACCCAUACGUGGAAGUCGGCAGCGUUCUGGGAAUUGAUUCUGCCUAUGAUCAAAACAGAAAGGCAGCGAGAGGUUACUACGAGCAGACAGGUGUAGGCCCGCUCCCCGUCGUGCUGUUCAAUGGAAUGCCUUUUCAAAAAGAUCAGCUGGAUCCUGAUGACCUAGAAACCGUGACAAUGCACAAGAUCUUGGAAACCACGAGCAUCUUCCAGCGAGCCGUCUACCUGGGUGAAUUAUCCAAUGACCAAGAUGUGGUUGAGUAUAUCAUGAACCAGCCGAACGUUGUUCCAAGAAUUAACUCAAGGAUCUUAAUGUCUGAGAGAGAGUACCUAGAUCUGACAGGAAUGAAUAACUUUUAUGUGGAUGACUUUGCUCGAUUUACCACGUUGGAUUCCAAGGAUAAGACAGCUGCUGUCGCAAACAGCAUGACCUACUUAACAAAGAAAGGAAUGUCUUCCAAGGAGAUCUAUGAUGAUUCCUUUGUUAGACCGGUUACUUUUUGGAUUGUUGGCGAUUUUGAUAAACCUUCAGGGAGGCAAUUGUUGUAUGAUGCAAUUAAACACCAGAAAUCCAGCAAUAAUGUUCGAAUUAGCAUGAUUAAUAAUCCCAGUGAAGAUCCAAAUAGCCAGAAUACACUUGUCGCUAAAGCCAUAUGGGCAGCUCUCCAGACACAAACGUCAAAUAACGCCAAGAACUUCAUCACCAAAAUGGCAAAAGAAGAAAUUGCAAAGGCACUAGAGGCAGGAGCUGACAUCUUAGAAUUUGCUGUUGGGGGUAUGGAUACCAAUAUUUUCAAAGAAGCCUUUGAAUCUCCCAGGGUGGAUUUUAUUCUGUCCCAUGCUGUAUACUGCAGAGACGUUCUAAAGCUGAAGAAGGGGCAGAGAGCUGUGAUCAGCAACGGAAGGAUUAUUGGCCCAUUAGAGGAUGGUGAGAUGUUCAAUCAGGAUGAUUUUCAUCUCCUUGAGAAUAUCGUACUAAAGACAUCAGGACAGAAAAUCAAAUCACAGAUUCAACAGCUGGGAUUCGAAGAAGAUCUUGCAAGUGACUUGGUAAUGAAAGUGGAUGCUCUUCUUUCUGCUCAGCCAAAAGGAGAGGCAAGGAUUGAAUAUCAUUUUUUUGAAGAACGAUACAGUGCAGUUAAACUGAGACCAAAGGAGGGGGAGACGUACUUUGAUGUUGUGGCUAUUGUUGAUCCUGUGACCAGAGAUGCUCAAAGACUUGCUCCGUUACUUUUGGUUUUGCAUCAGUUGAUAAAUAUGAACCUACGAGUGUUUAUGAACUGCCAAUCCAAACUUUCUGACAUGCCACUGAAAAGCUUUUAUCGCUAUGUUUUGGAGCCAGAGAUUUCUUUCACAGCAGAUAAUAAAUUUGCUCCAGGACCAAUUGCCAAGUUUCUGGAUAUGCCCCAUUCUCCACUGUUCACUCUGAACCUAAAUACUCCUGAGAGCUGGAUGGUGGAAUCUGUCAGAACCCCGUAUGACCUUGAUAAUAUUUACUUAGAGGAGGUGGACAGUGUUGUAGCUGCAGAAUAUGAAUUGGAGUACCUGCUUCUGGAAGGACACUGCUAUGACAUUACUACUGGACAGCCGCCUCGGGGACUCCAGUUUACACUGGGAACUUCAACCAGUCCUGUUAUCGUUGAUACCAUUGUUAUGGCCAACUUGGGUUACUUCCAGUUAAAAGCCAAUCCUGGUGCAUGGACCCUAAGACUCAGAAAGGGUCGAUCUGAGGACAUCUACAGGAUCUACAGCCAUGAUGGCACAGACUCUCCACCUGAAGCUAGCGAAGUUAUUGUUGUUCUCAACAACUUCAAGAGCAAAAUUAUUAAAGUGAAGGUUCAGAAAAAACUAGAUAUGAUGAAUGAAGAUCUGCUAAGUGAUGGUACCAGUGAGAACGAAUCUGGAUUUUGGGAAUCUCUCAAAUGGGGAUUCACAGGAGGACAAAAGAAUGAAGAUGUGAAACAGGAUAAAGAUGACGUGCUAAAUAUAUUCUCUGUGGCUUCAGGACACCUAUAUGAAAGAUUCCUACGCAUAAUGAUGUUGUCUGUGCUGAAACAUACCAAGACUCCUUUAAAGUUUUGGUUUCUGAAGAACUACUUAUCGCCUACAUUCAAGGAGUUCAUCCCAUACAUGGCAGAGAAGUAUAAUUUCCAGUAUGAGCUUGUCCAGUAUAAAUGGCCACGCUGGCUUCAUCAGCAAACAGAGAAACAGCGUAUCAUCUGGGGUUACAAGAUCCUCUUUCUAGAUGUGCUCUUCCCAUUAGCUGUUGAUAAAAUCCUGUUUGUGGAUGCUGACCAGAUUGUGCGUACAGAUCUCAAGGAAUUAAGAGAUUUCAAUCUCGAUGGUGCUCCUUAUGGAUAUACCCCGUUCUGUGACAGUCGAAGAGAAAUGGAUGGCUACAGGUUCUGGAAAUCGGGAUACUGGGCGAGUCAUUUAGCUGGAAGAAAAUACCACAUCAGCGCUCUGUAUGUGGUGGAUCUGAAGAAGUUCAGAAAGAUAGCAGCUGGAGAUCGACUCAGAGGACAAUAUCAGGGUCUCAGUCAGGAUCCUAACAGUCUGUCCAACCUUGAUCAGGAUUUGCCUAACAACAUGAUCCACCAGGUGCCAAUUAAAUCCCUCCCCCAGGAGUGGCUGUGGUGUGAAACAUGGUGUGAUGACUCCUCAAAGAAGAGAGCAAAAACCAUUGAUCUGUGUAAUAACCCAAUGACCAAAGAGCCCAAGUUGCAAGCAGCGAUGCGAAUAGUUCCAGAAUGGCAGGACUAUGAUCAAGAAAUCAAACUGCUCCAGGGUCUUUUCCAGAAAGAAAAAGAAACAGGGAUACAAGCGAAGACGCCAGUACAGCACACGGGCGAUCCAGCAGCACAUGUGGAAUUAUGA